UUAGGGGAAAUUAAAUUUUAAUAAACUUCACGCAAGAAGACGUCGAGUUUGGUCGGGUGCUUCCGCUAAAUCGAAAAUCCUUACGGCAGAGGCACCUAUCGACAGUGGUUGGAAGUGAAUGUUGAGUUCUGUCGGCCGGUGGACCAUCUGUAAAAAUGGUUAACGUCCCGAAGUCGAGGCGGACUUUUUGCAAGAAAUGCAAAAAGCAUAAGCCACACAAGGUGACACAGUACAAGAAGUCGAAGGAACGUCAUGCGGCUCAGGGCAGAAGACGUUACGACAGGAAACAGCAAGGUUUCGGCGGACAAACAAAGCCCAUCUUCAGGAAGAAGGCAAAGACAACCAAGAAGAUUGUCUUAAGGAUGGAAUGCUCAGACUGCAAAUUCAGAAAGCAGAUCCCCCUGAAGAGGUGCAAGCACUUUGAACUUGGAGGAGACAAGAAGAGAAAGGGACAGAUGAUCCAGUUCUAAAUGCUGUUUUGAAGGUGAUCCCUCUUUUUCUGAUUACGACUUGAUCAACAGUUUGACCAUAUUUCCAAUAAAACUCAAGCUGCUAAAA